CAGCUCUCUCUUCCCUCUCUAUCUAUACCCUCUCUCUCCAUCACACACACAGACACACAACUCUCUCUCUCUCUGGCCUAGGGUGUGAUGUGAGUGUGAGGAAAAAGAAAGACAGGGUCGUGGGACGUGUUGAAGAGGACAAGAUCUUCUUUGCAGUACAGUGGACGAAAUCCCAAGGCGGAUUCAAUUCAAUUUGCCAGUGUGCGCGAACCGAGACGCGGAGGCAGAGGAGCGCCAAUCCCACCACUCAUUCAUUCAUUCAUCCCCCCCCCCUCUGCCUCACCUCGCAUGUUUGCUCCAGGAUGCAGCAGCAGCAGCAGAGGUGGUGAUCAUGGUGCAAGGUGAGGAGGCGAGCUGCUCGUGGAGGAUGGCGAGCGCCGCCCACGACCACCACGAGAGGGCAGUGCUGCACCUCAACCACCAAGCGGCGCUCGCCUACCAUGGCGGACUCCAGCUCCAAUCCCAUCACCACGCCGCCGCCGCGCCGCCUGCCAGCUUCCUGGACUUCCAGCCCGCCGCCUACUUCGGGGAGCUGGAGGAGGCCCUCAUCCAUGGCGCCAACGCCGGCGUCGGCGUCGGCGUCCCCGACCACCUCCACCACCCACACCCUGGCGGCAUGAUCGCAGGCGACGCGCAGGCCAAGUGUAAGCUACCCGCGGCGGCAGGAGGAGGAAGGGGAGGAGGAGGGUACCUGGCGGGCGCGGGCAGGCCCCCCACGCUGGAGAUCUUCCCUUCGUGGCCAAUGCCGCACCCACAGCAGCUGCACAGUGCUGGGAAUUCGCAGUCAGUCGGGAGCACCACUGACUCGAGCUCAGCCCGGAACACAAUGGCGCAGAUGGAGCUGGUGUCCCCGGGCCCGGCCGGCAGCGUCCGGCCCUCCCCCUCCUCCACCACCUCCGAGCAGCGGCAACGGCAGGAGGUCAUGAUGGUGACCACUGAUGAUUACAGCUACAAGCCAGGCCUCCCCCCGCCUGCCGCCGCUGGCCUCGCCGCUGCCGCGCCAAGCUUUCAGCAGCCGCACCAGGGCCAGCAGCUGCAGCUGCACGGAGGAGGAGACCAUGACAAGAGGAAACAUGGAUCCACGAGGAAAGACGGCAAGUUGGUAGAUUCCAAGACCGAAAGGCGAUUAGCACAGAACAGGGAGGCCGCAAAGAAGAGCAGGCUGAGGAAGAAGGUGCUCACAAGAUCCAUAGACAUACCUUUGAUGAUCGUGCCAAGCACUGUUGCUUACGAUUGCCUAAAUUUGAGCGCCCUCUUUUAUCAGGCUUAUGUGCAGAAUCUGGAGACCAGCAGGGUCAGGCUUCAGCAGAUGGAGCAAGAGCUCCAGAGAGCACGGUCACAGGGGAUAUUUCUCGGAGGGGGCGGCGCAGGCGGUGACAUGAGUCCUGGGGCCGCCAUGUUCGACAUGGAGUACGCGCGGUGGCUGGACGACGACGGCAAGCGGCUGGCGGAGCUCCGGGGCGGCCUGCAGGCGCACCUGGCCGACAGCAACCUGGGCGCCGUGGUGGAGGAGUGCAUGCAGCACUACGACGAGCUGUUCCAGCUCAAGGCGGAGCUGGCGCGCGCCGACGUCUUCCACCUCCUCACCGGCGCCUGGGCCACCCCCGCCGAGCGCUGCUUCUUCUGGAUGGGCGGCUUCCGCCCCUCCGAGCUCCUCAAGAUCCUGAUCGGGCAGCUGGAUCCGCUGACGGAGCAGCAGAUGAUGGGGAUCUGCGGCCUGCAGCACUCGUCGGAGCAGGCGGAGGAGGCGCUCGCGCAGGGGCUGCAGCAGCUGCACCAGUCGCUCGCCGACACCGUCGCCGCCGGCACGCUCAACGACGGCACCCCCGGCCCCAACUACAUGGCCAUCAUGGCCAUCGCGCUCGAGAAGCUCGCCAGCCUCGAGAGCUUCUACCAGCAGGCUGACAAUCUGAGGCAGCAAACGUUGCAUCAGAUGCGACGGAUUCUAACAACCCGACAGGCGGCUCGAUGCUUCCUCUCCAUCGGGGAGUACUACCGCCGGCUCCGAGCUCUCAGCAGUCUCUGGGCUUCCCGUCCUCGCGAGAACUUCAUUGGAACCGAGAGCCUCAGCCCAACAGGAACCGAGCUGCAAGGCAUGCAGCAGCACCACCAACCGCAACAGAAUCAGUUCUCCGGAUUUUGAGGCUUCUCCUGGAGGGUGUAACGUAGGGGUCAGUGAUGUUAGAAAGAGAGGAGAAGACAACGAGGGACUGUAAUGUUCUAUCAUUGAUUAAAGUAUUUGAGAAAGCAACAUCACUAGGGAAAAGGGAGAGGGGGCAAUUGUUGGGGUGCAAUGCUGAGUGGCUCUCACCUGUUGUUCUCAUGGCUCCUGAACUGACUGAAGAGUUAUUAGUACAUCAAAUUUUGGCU